UAUAAAUAUUGUAAAUCUUAGAUUGGAGGCAUAAAUUUAGCAUUAAAUGACGAAUUCUCGGUCAGAAUCGAAUACAUCACAUUCUCCUAUAUGGGAUAGUUCAGAUCCUCAGCGACGUCCUCCUCCAUUACCAAUGCGUGAAGAAUUGACAUUAAAUCAUAUUGAAGGAUCAGUAAGACUCCCAAGGACAUCGUCUAUUUCAUCUAAUUUGUAUAAACAAUUGGGUACUAAAACAUCAUCUCAAAUGUUGCGGAUAAGCGCAGAUGAUAAAACGGCAGAUAUAGUUCAAUCUAUUUCAGAAACAACAAAUACAAUUUUGGAGGAUCUUCGUUCUCUUAUAGAAAGAAGCAAAGAUAAUGCUACUGCAUUAUUGGAUUUAAAACAAAACAUUACUGAUGCAAAAAGAGAUCAAAAAAUUAUUGAUGAAAUACGAGCAAUUGUUACUUUUCCACCGCAAGAGAGUAGUAAAGAGGAGAAAAGUGAUAUAUUUAAAGAAAAAUUGGACAAAAUUAUGCAAGUCAUAGAUACAAAUGCUUUAUUUCACAAUACGGAAACACAAUUGUUGAUCGAUAUAAAUAAAAAACUAGAAGCAAUUGAGGCAUUUCAAGAUAAAUCUUUUUCCGAGAAACUUGAAAUUAACAAUUUAAUUUCAUCAUACGAAACAUUGCAACAAACAAAUAUUGCAGAAAUGGAGAAUAUGUAUUCUCGUAAAGUUGAAUUGUCUGCAGAGCUUGCACGUCUCGAUACAUAUAUUAGUCACAAAAAAGAUUCACUAAAUAAAUUGAAAGAACGAGUAAAAAAAUUGGAAAGCCGUUUGGAAGAUAUUCAAUUGAGACUUAAUAAACAAAGGGAAGAAAAUAAAAAAUCAAAUAAAUCAUCCGUAAUUAAAAAAAAAGUUAAACAAUCUGCCAAAUCUCCUUCAACACCUCAAAACAUUCGUCAUUUUUCUCUUUUGGAUAUUCAUAACCGUAAUCCAUCUAUUGUUACACUUGCUCCUUCUACCGUUAUGAAUUCACCAAAUAAUACAGAUAGUAUAAGUGAUAAAAAAGGGAAACGAAAGACUUCGUGGAGUAGAAAAGUUGUAAAUGUAAUGGGAUUACCGUUUCAACAUAACAACAAAGAAAAUUCGCCUGCAUUAUUAAAAAAUAAUGAAGAAUUGGCGAUUCAAAAGAAGAAAAAAUAUCCUAACAAUUUUGGAAUUAAAACUGUAAAAACUUUUAGAAGUUUCAGUACAAGGAUCUAAUACACUGGCAUUUAAUCUAAAAACAUGAACGAGUUCUAUACAAGA